AAAGCAGCGUACAGUGAAAGCUGCCUGCCUGUCAGUACGGCAACUAGUUGUAGCUACUGAACUGCAAGUGGCCAGUGAUUUCCCUCCCUGGUAUUGUAGUUAUACUACAGCCAAGAGUUGCUGGUCCACUCAAGAAAGGAAAUAUAUCUACAGAGUGCAAACUCCUUCAACUGAUCAAAGAGCAAUACUUGAAAUUCUUUGCCAUGGCAGAUGUCACACCCGCCAACGAGUCCUCUGGAGCGGACGUUGCCAGAGGAUUCGCCCGCAGAGGUGCGCUGAAGCAGAAGAACGUCCAUGAAGUGAAGAACCACAAAUUUAUUGCAAGAUUUUUCAAACAGCCGACUUUCUGCAGCCAUUGCACCGACUUCAUCUGGGGAUUUGGCAAGCAAGGCUUCCAAUGCCAAGUGUGCUGCUUCGUGGUCCACAAGCGGUGCCAUGAGUUUGUCACGUUCACCUGCCCCGGAGCGGACAAGGGCCCGGACACAGAUGACCCGAGGAGCAAGCACAAGUUCAAGAUCCACACCUAUGGGAGCCCGACGUUCUGCGACCACUGUGGAUCUCUACUGUACGGACUCCUCCACCAAGGGAUGAAGUGCGACUCGUGUGACAUGAAUGUCCACAAGCAGUGCGUGCUGAUGGUGCCCAGCCUGUGUGGCAUGGACUUCACGGAGCGCCGAGGACGCCUCUAUCUGAAGUGCGAGGUGCUCAACGGAGAGAAGCUGCACGUCACAGUGACUGAAGGCAGGAACCUGAUCCCCAUGGACCCUAACGGGCUGUCUGACCCCUACGUCAAGCUGAAGCUGAUCCCCGACCCCAAGGGCGAGACCAAGCAGAAGACCAAGACCAUACGCUCCUCCCUCAACCCCGUCUGGAACGAGUCCUUCACCUUCAAGCUGAAGGCUGCUGAUAAGGACCGUCGUCUGUCAGUGGAGGUCUGGGAUUGGGACCGCACCACCAGGAACGACUUCAUGGGCUCGCUCUCCUUCGGGGUGUCAGAGCUGAUGAAGGCCCCCAUGAUCGGCUGGUACAAGCUCCUGAACCAGGAGGAGGGCGAGUACUACAAUGUGCCCAUCUCCGAGGAGGACGACGGCAACGAUGAGCUGCGGCAGAAGUUCGAGAAAGCCAAGCAAGGUCCCAAGAAGGUCAUCAGUCCGUCGGACGACGGCGAGUCCCGCCUGCCGGUCGACUUCAGCAGCCUGUCCACCGGGGAAGGCAUCAAACUCACCGACUUCAACUUCCUGGCCGUGCUGGGCAAGGGCAGCUUUGGAAAGGUGAUGUUGGCGGAGGAUAAGGAGUCGGAGCUGCUUUACGCCAUCAAGAUCCUGAAGAAGGACGUGGUGAUUCAGGACGAUGACGUGGAGUGCACCAUGGUGGAGAAGAGGGUCCUGGCACAGCCAGACAAACCCCCCUUCCUCACCCAGCUGCACUCCUGCUUCCAGACGGUGGACCGUUUGUAUUUCGUGAUGGAGUACGUCAACGGGGGAGACCUCAUGUACCACAUCCAACAAGUGGGGAAGUUCAAGGAGCCCCAGGCUGUGUUCUAUGCUGCAGAGAUCGCCGUGGGCCUGUUCUUCCUGCACAAGAAGGGCAUCAUAUACAGGGACUUGAAGCUGGACAACGUCAUGCUGGACGCGGAGGGCCACAUCAAGAUCGCCGACUUUGGCAUGUGCAAGGAGAACAUGCACGAGGGCGUCAGCACGCGCACCUUCUGCGGAACCCCGGACUACAUCGCACCCGAGAUUAUUGCGUAUCAGCCGUAUGGCCGCUCUGUGGACUGGUGGGCGUACGGAGUGCUCCUGUACGAAAUGCUCGCCGGACAGCCUCCCUUCGACGGCGAGGAUGAAGACGAACUCUUCCAGUCGAUCAUGGAGCACAACGUGUCCUACCCCAAGGCCCUGUCCAAAGAGGCCGUGUCCGUCUGCAAAGGGCUGAUGACCAAGCACCCGUCUAAGCGUCUGGGCUGUGGGACGGAGGGCGAGCGCGACAUCAAGGAGCACGCCUUCUUCCGACGCAUCGACUGGGAUCGCCUGGAGAACCGCGACAUUCAGCCGCCAUUCAAACCCAAAGGGUGUGGCAAAGCUGCUGAGAACUUUGACAAGUUCUUCACGCGCACGCAGCCUCAGCUGACCCCGCCAGACGAGCUGGUCAUCGCCAACAUCGACCAGGCCGAGUUCGCCGGCUUCAGCUUCAUCAACCCCCAAUACGUCCCCCCCAACAUGACGGGAGAGCCGGCAGAGUAGACCUGACCCACAGCUACAGUACACCCUCCUAGACAACAACAUUUAAUAACCUUUAACCCCUUCCUUCCUUCCCUCACAAUUUAACCUCAAAAACUAAAAAAAGCCAAAUCUUUUUUCCAUAUUGUGAAAUUUGGAGCAUUUGUUUUUUUUUGGCAGAUCAAUCAACCCCCCUUGUGUUUUUUUUUCUGUUGGCCAGUUUUCAGAGUAUUUACCCUUGAUCGUUUAUUUCAUUUAUGACAAUACAUACUACAAAUAUGUAUAUGAAUGACCCAGAUAUUUUAUGUGGUACACUUCAAGAACAUUACAGAUGUGUACUAUUAUUAUUAUUAUUGUUAUUAUUGUUUUUUUUUUUUAUUAUUGUUAUUAACAAUAUUAGUUGCCACCUGCGGUUUUCCGUUUUCCCUUACCUGCCAAAUAGCACAGCUGCCAUGUGGUGAUAGGAGAGCUAACGCUAACGCUAACCAAAACCAGACGGUGCUUCCUCAUGCUAUCCUCCUUAGCUGUAAGCACAGCAGUCUUCCCAUGUUGCACAGCAUUACAUUUAUACCAAGGGGCAAUAUAGGUCAUGGCUGGGGAAUCUGCUGACCUGUCCCUCAACAUCGCUCUUCUCGAGUGUUGAGUCUACAUCUUAAUGCUCAAACAUUUCUUGCUGAUCGUUGAUUGUUCUUUACUUUCUCCUACCUACGCCAUACUUUUAACCAGGGCUCUAAAUUAACACCAGCCAACUGGCCAAAUGCUGGUGAAAAUUUCAGUUUGGCUGGUAGAAGAGACCAACUUGCUAGCCACUUUGACCCAUUAGUGAGUGUGUGUUUGGCUAGUAACAUUCACGUCUAUUGCCAUUUUGGCUGGUAAUGAAAAAAAGUUAAUUCAGAGCCUUACUUGUAACCCUAUACGAUAGAUCCUAAUGAUGCUUUAGCCGACUCGGAGGGGGUCUUUUGAGAACAAAGCAUGUACGUAUGGGUGAGAAAUCUGGCAGCCUUCAGUAGCAACAGUAGGGCGUGACGUCAUGCUAUAGGAUGAUGAUGGUCAUGUGGGCACCAAAUGUGAAGCGUGCUAAACAUGCGAUUGCAUUUGCAUCUGAAUUUCAUAUCGUUUUCGUGUAGGAACGGGGCCUGAUUUUACACCACUGACAUGCUAAGCUGUUUACUCAGUUACCUACAUUAUGUGGCCAGUCGUGUCCAUUAUUAAGCCAGUAUUGGUCAAAGUUCAUCAAAUGCGGUCGUCCUUUGGGCACAUAUUGUGAUGCCUGGCCACUUCAUAGGAAUACGCAUCUUAUUAUAAUGACAAAAAUGGUCCACGGAGCCUGUGGGUUGUUUACAAAUAGAUACGAUAGACCACUUUACAUAUUACAGGAAGUCACUGUGUACUCAGUUUUAGGACCUUUUUAUCGUAGCAAAUCUCUCAGCAUAACAGUCGUGAGGAGUUAAGUAGUAUGUAGACACACUCCUGUUGUUAUCGAUGAUACCACAAAGGAAGGUUGUUGGGUAAAAGAAAUGAAGUUUUUCAGAGAAUGAAGUUUUGUGCUACCUAUUAGCAUAUCUUGAAUUUUUUUCGGUACAAACCAUGCCAACAGCAUGCAAACCAAGUAUUAUUACAUUGUUUUAUGGAAAUAUGUGGAUUUUUUUUGUUUUCUUUCUGUUUACGAUUUUUUUGAUUUUAGAUUUACAUGUGUAAUUCUACUCUAAUGUGAUGUCUUUGCUUUUCCAGUAGGCAUAACUGAUGCCACUGUAAUGCCAAGCAGUGAAUGAAUUAAUAUUUUGUAAAUAAUAAUAUAAUGAGUUAUUUAAUAAUAGGAAGCAUAACAUGCAGUUUUUAUACCAACCAA